GCUCAAGAGACUCUCAGGACAUGGAGGGGUCCACGAGUCCCUCACAGCCCUCCUGCUGUGCGGCCAGGGGUGACUGCACUCACCUGGGGAUGACCAGGCAGAUUUGCCAGCAGGUAUAAAUACCAGCGGUGGGGUCAGGUCUCUCUCACAGUAGACAGGCUCACAGGGAGAACAUGGAGAAGAUAGGCUUGAUGUGCUUCAGCUGUUUGCUACUCUCUUGGCUCCAUCAGACUCAGGGGAAGAUCUCAGAGUAUCAGAUAGAGUCGGAGAGCCUGAGUCGAUGUGAGUCUCUCCGAGGCGUGGCUGUAGCAGAACAACACGACCAUGUCCCACACUGCUUUGAGGAUGGCAGGUUCAGGCAGGUGCAGUGCCGUGCCGGGGGAGAGGAGUGCUGGUGUGUCUCCCCAGAUGGAGAAGAGAUCCCUGGAAGCAGAACCACCGGCUCACCUGUGACCUGCCUGACCUCCUGCCAGCUGCAGAGACACAGGGCCCAGCUGGGGGCCGCUGGUGCUGCCGGGCCCCAGUGCCAGGCGUCCGGGGAGUUCCAGCCCGUCCAGUGUUCCCCGGCCCGGGGGCAGUGCUGGUGUGUGGACCUGGACGGCAUGGAGCUCUAUGGGACCAGGCAGGAUGGACCCCUCUCCCUCUGUCCUGGCAGCUGUGAGGUGCGGGCGCGGCGUGUCCUCCAUGGCAGCAGAGGGCGCUCUCCUCCUCAGUGUUCAGAGCAGGGCAGCUUCCUGCCCGUGCAGUGCCAGUUCGUCAACAUGACGGACAUGCAGGUGUUUGAUCUGCUGGCUAACUUCAACAGGUUUCCUGAGGACUUCCAGACCUUCAGCAGGUUCAGAAGAUCCUUCCCAGAGGUCUCCUCCUUCUGUUCCUGCUCUGACAGCCGGGGCAGAGAGAUCCCCAGCACAGGGGUGGAGCUGCUGCUUGACGAGGUGUACGACACGGUGUUCUCUGGGCCAGUCCUGGGACGCUCCUUCUCCCACACCAACAUGUACCGCAUCCUGAGCCGGAGGUUCCUGGCCCUGCUUGCCGCUCUGACCGGCAGCUUCAGAUGCCCCACCCCAUGCGAGAGGGAGCGGUCUGCAGCUCUGCAGUCGUCCAGCGUGUUCGUGCCGUCCUGCGACGCCGCUGGGGCGUACCUGCCGGGGCAGUGCCAGGCGGGGGGCCAGUGCUGGUGUGUCGACCCCAGCGGCAGGGAGGUCUACGGGACCCGUCAGCAAGGAACCCCACCAGACUGUGCAGCGGAGAGCGACUGUCCAUCAGCGCGUCGCCGCGCCCUCUCCAGACUCCUCUCUGGGCCCCAGGCUCCCGCCGCCUCGUCCCUGCAGACGGAGGCCAACCCUGGGGGCGAGCCGGCCCGCCUGGCCCCCUGCAGCCCCCGCCUCCAGCAGCUCCAGCAGGCGCUGCGGGCCUCCCUGCCUGAGGAGCAUCCAGCCAGCCUGGCCUCCAGCCUCACCCAGCUCCUCCAGGGCCUGUUCCCCUCCGGGGCCCUGGCGCUUCGGGCUCUCUCCGCCUCGCUGUCCGCCAGCCCCCGCAGGCUCCAGGAGAACCUCUUUGGAGGGAAGUUCCUGAAGAGCGCGGCCGCGUUCAACUUCAGCGGGACUGUGGGACCCAGAGGAACCCUGGGGUUGAGCUCAGUCUUCAGCCAAGUCGGUUUGACCCAAAACCAGGAAGAUCUCUUCCUGCUGGCCCAGACACUCUCCUCCUCCUCCUCUUCCUCCUCCCACCAGAUUAACCUGGACCAGAACAUCUUUGACCCCUUCGGACGGACCGUCAACCUCAGACAGAACAAGGAGCUCCUGCUGCUGCUCAGCCAGAUCCUGGAGACCCGCUCCUUCCAGUCCGCCCUGACCCAGGCCCUGACCCAGACCCGGGCAGAGUCCCCCAGCGAGUGGACCCAGCUGCUCUCAGCCCUGCUCCCUGGCCCCCAGACCCCAGCCUGCCGCCCAGCCUCCCCCAGACCCUACAUACCCAGCUGCACCCCUGGAGGGCAGUACCAGGAGCUGCAGUGUCUGGGCCGGGAGUGCUGGUGUGUGGACGAGCGGGGGCGCGAGGUGGAGGGGAGCCGCUCCCAGGACCGGAGCCCCCGCUGCCCCUCUCGGUGUGAGAGGGAAAGGGCCGCGGCCCUGAGGGCCAGGGCCAACCAGCCGGCCGGGGUGGACAGCUUCAUCCCUAAGUGUCUGGAGGACGGGGGCUACGUGGCCCUGCAGUGUGUGGGCCAGACGUGCUUCUGUGUGGACACUGCUGGACAGAGACAAAGCCUUAUCACGGCUGGGGAGACGCUUCAGUGUCCUAGUGCCUGCCACACCAAGGCCUCCCAACUCUUCAUGCAGCAGGUGAGCUCAGCUCUGAGAGACCCCGCGGCCAUGUCUGAUCUCUCCGCCUUCUACGUCCCCCGCUGUGCCCCCGACGGCACCUGGCUUCCUGUCCAGUGCGACGGCCCCCCAGAACAGGCCUUCCAGUUCUACCAGGAAUGGACCAAUCAGAACAGCGCGGGCCGGGAACUUCCUGUGUCUGAGCUCCUGGAGAUACUGAGGGCUUAUGGGAACAGUAGUUCUGCCAUGGCCUCGUUCGGGGGCUUUCUGGAGGAGCUGUAUGCAGCGGGACACCAGAGAGUCUUCCCAGGCCUGCGAGCGUUCCCCCAGCUGGGAGACAUGCCCAGGGAGGUCCUGGAGGGGCGUGGGGGCGCUCUGAGGGGGCCCGGGGGGCUCCUGGACCCCCUGGCUGUGUGGGAACUGCUGAGGGGGCAGGGAAGCCCCUAUCCGGGGUCCCUGGCUGACUUCAGCCUGCCUCUGCAGCACGUGGACCUGCGUCGCUGCUGGUGCGUCUCCCAGGUUGGAGAGGAGAUCCUAGGAACCAAGGCCCUGGCCAAUCAGGUCCCUGCUUGCCCUGGUUCUUGUGCUGUGGUGCAGCGUGAGGUAGAAGACUUCCUGGAAGGGGCGGAGCAGAUCAUCUCCAUGUCCAACUCCUCCCACUUUCCCUUGGGCGCUGGCUUCCUAUUGGCCGAAGGGCUCCGUCUGACUCAGGAAGAGUCCCUCCAUGCUCUGUCCCCGGGGGAGGAGCAACUCUACGACAGGCUCAUGAGUCACUCCAACGCUGCGCUACAAUUGGCCGUCUACUCCACCCUCCAGUUCUCCUGGCAGAGCCAGCAGGGUAUGUCUGAGGACAGAGCCGUGCUGAGGCUGGAGUACCAGCCCUACUCUCCCCAGUGUGACGCCAGAGGACACUGGCUGCCCACUCAGUGCCACACCAGUACAGGUCAGUGCUGGUGUGUUGAUAAAGAAGGAGAGUACAUCCCUGGAUCCCUGACCAGUCGUCCCCUGAAACCACUCCAAUGUCAGACUCCAUGUCAGAGAGCUGCUACUCAGGCUCUGCUUUCUGAUUGGACGCCAUCAGUCUCUGACAACACCACCCCAUCCACCUACAGCCCAUCAUGUGAUGCGGCUGGUCAGUUCUCCGUGCUGCAGAGGGGGGGUCCAGACCAGGCCUGGUGUGUGACACCUGAGACAGGAGACACUGUGCAGCCUGCAGACCCCAGCGCCCCUGGAGAGCUCACCUGCCCCAGCCUGUGCCUGCUGCUGCGAGGGGCUGCUGGGCGGAGGCAGGUGGGGCUGGGCUACCAGCCGGAGUGCCGGGCAGAUGGCAGCUUCUCUCCGUCCCAGUGUGACGUCACACACUGCUGGUGUGUGUCCCCAGACGGCCGGGAGCUGGCCGGGACCCGGAGCACACGCAGCACGGGAGCCAGACCCCACUGUGAAGGUCCCCAGUGUCCUUCUCCAUUCCCCGCUGACGCCUCCGUCUCCCAGGGUGCACUGCUGUGUCGCUCCCAGGCCCUGGGUGGACAGCAGAGACAGAGCUGUGACCUCAUCUGUCACCAUGGCUACGACAGUGCCCUUCCUGUCAAGCGCUUCCUGUGUGAUGUCGACACCCAGACGUGGCUGGAGGACGCCCCACUGCCUCAAGCCUGCCAGAAGGUCCAGGUGUACCAAACAGUGCAGUCCUCUGUGCUAGUCCAGCUGUCUCUCUCUGAGUCUGCACAGCCCUGCUCCUCCUCCAGCCUGCAGGCUUCCCUGCUCACAGACAUGAGAGCCCAGGGGCUCUGCAGCCUGCAGCUGUCUCCCCCAGGGUCCUCGGUGUCUGUGUGUGAAGAGGACUCGGUGCGUGUGGAGUGUGUGAGCGAGGGGCGGGGUCACGCUGGAGGUCACCUGGAGGGCGUCUCUGCUCGACCUCCCGGUCGCCGCGCUACAGCACUAAAAGAGCACCCAUCAGACAGCACUAACAGAGCACCCAUCAGACGAGCACUAACAGAGCACCCAUCAGACAGCAUGUGUAACCCAUCUCUCUCUCCAGACGUAGCUCUGGGUGAGGCCAGGCUCCAGGCAGGACUACUGGGGCUUCUGGGUAGGGCGCCGUAUCACUCUAUCGUGACCUCAGACCCUCAAGUGGCCUUCACCUCUCCCCCCACCUUCGGCUGCUCCCCUGGGUACCAGCCUGGUACAGCGAGCACCGGCUGUGUGCUGUGUCCUGCAGGUGCGUUCUCCAGCAGGGGUGUGUGUAGGCCCUGUCCCCCGGGCUCCUACCAGGAAGAAGGGGGUCAGAACUUCUGCAGCCCCUGUCCCAGAGACAGCACCACGGCUGCAGCCGGAGCAUCCUCUAAGAAACACUGCAUGACAGAGUGCCAGCGCAAAGGACUACAGUGUUCUGAGAGAGGGGACUUCCUGUUGGCCCAGAAGGACUUCCUGUCAGGGAGAUGGGUGUGUGUGACGGCCGGGGGGGCGGAGCUAGCGUGGACAAAUAGGGAGGAGCCUCUGUCUGAGGAUGAGUGUAAAGUGCUGGGAGGGUUUGAAGACGUUCCCACAUCCAGACUCAUCCUGGAAGCUGAAGACUCACACCUGAUCAGAUCCCAGUCUUCUAACACCACCCUGGAGACACAUCUCCACACCUGCGUUCAAGCGUGUGCUCAGGAGCAGAGCUGCCACCACCUGGCAGUGUCCUCAGCAGGGGGCCAGGCUCACUGUGAGCUCUACAGCCAGCAGCCCUCCAACCUGCACUGCAACACCUCCGACCAGACCAGAGGGUUUCUGGGUAAUCCUGAAGCGGCCAUGUUUAAGAGGCUUCGCUGCUACCUGAGGGUGAGGGGCGGAGCCGGAGGAGACCUGCUGGUCCUCAGAAAGAAAGGUCAGGAGGUCGCCCUGCAGAGCGGCUUUGAGAGGAUGCCGUUCCGCAAGCUGACCUCGGGGGUGUACCGGACGGUGGUGUUCCCCGCGGAGGGAGCCAGUCUCACGGACGCACAGCGCUUCUGUCAGGACGCGUGCAGCUCAGACUCCUGCUGUGAAGGCUUCCUGCUCAACGCCAACGUCCUGGACGGAGGCAGUAUCAUGUGUGGUCUGGUGCGUUCGCCCUCGGUCCUCCAGUGUUCGGAGGGGGACUGGGAUGUGUCUGGGCUAGCCAGCUCUACCCGGGUCUGUGGCGCUGGGCUCACCUACGACCAGGACCACAAGAGCUUCAUCUUCAAUUUUGGAGGACAGAACUUUGUUAUCACGGAUGCAGCAUUGCCAGCGUCCAGUAAGAACAAGACUGACUACCAGGCUAGCAUUAUCAUCUUCCAGGCCAUCUACCUCCACACAGGUGUGGGGAACAGUACAGACGUCUCCAGCACCUGUGUGGGGGGUCAACCCACCCCAGACCCCCCAAUGACAGCUGCGGUCUCAGAGGCGUUUGAGCGUCUCGAGGUCAGCGAUGUUCUGGAGGAACCAGACAGGAACGUGCCUCAUCUUCUCUACUUCAUCUCCAAACACACCUUCUCUCCUCGCAACGCCCUGCUCUGGUGCCAGACACGCUGCCAGGAGGAGGAGCAGUGUUCUGUGCUGGAUGUGAGGAGUGAGGGAGACAGGUUCUACAGCUGCUCCCUCUACCCUGACCCCCGGGUGUGUGGAGGCUACGACACGCCUCUGAGGCAGCCCUGCCUCCCCCGCCUCCCCCAGCCUCUCCACAACCCCCACAUCAAGAAGGUGGACCUGUCCGGAGGGGUGAAGAGCUUCUACAGGCGUGUGUCCUUCAGGAAGAUGGUGUCCUACUCUGUCCGCAGCCGUGUCAGCCUGUCAGCCAACACCCUGACAGACAGCUUCAUGGAAUGUGAGAGACGGUGUGAUGAGGAUCCAUGUUGCCGUGGCAUCGGAUAUGUUAGAGACAGGAAGUCUCCAGGGAUGGAGGUGCUGUGCCUGACCCUGGUGAGCCUGGGGAUCCAGACGUGCCGGGAGGAGGAGGAGGGGGAGGGGGGGUCGUCCUGGCGUGUGCAGGACUGCAGCCCUUCAGGGGUGGACACCAGUGUGGAGCCCUACGGCUGGUACGAGAAACCAGUGAACCAGUGGACUAAGUCUCCUGCUCUGUGCCCCAAGUUUGAGCUCCGUGCUCCUUCCAUCAACGUGAGUAUGGAGGGGUGGAGGCUGUUAGGGGGUUCUUCUGUGCUGGUGGACCCCUCUCUCUCCACCUACGACGUGCUUUACCUCAGCCAGGACAUCUCAGAGGACCUGCAGAGGGCCACCGCCUGGUGUCUCUCUGCGUGUGAGGAGGCGGAGUCUUGUGUGGCGGUGACGGUGAGGAGGGUGGAGUCAGCAGUGCGCUGCGUCCUGUACCCAGACACAAGCACCUGUGGCCCCGCCCCCCAGGCACUGCACUGCAGGCUGGUCGUCAGGGAGACCGCCCCCCUCGUCUACCUGAGAGUUCCAAACCCAACAGGGGCUUCAGCAGCAACAUCAGUGUUCAUCCCGGGGCACGGAAUGCUCCUGGGCGUCGCCAGGACAACGGCUCUGGGAUCAGACAGGAAGACAGUUAUCCAGUUCCUGGGAGUUCCGUAUGCCCGUCCUCCUAUAGGAGCGCGGCGUUUCAGCGCCCCGGAGCCGGCCGUGUGGAGCGGAACGUGGAACGCCACGGUACCCCGAGCGAGCUGCCUGCAGCCUGGCGACCUGGAGACCUCAGCCUCCAGUGAGGACUGUCUCUACCUCAACAUCUUUGUCCCCAGCGGCAUCAAGGGGAGCACUGCUGUGUUAGUCUUCUUCUACAACCCCUCCAGUCCAGCCAAUCACAGCUCACCUGGUCUGCUAGAUGCCUCUCACCUGGCUGCCGUGGGCAACAUUGUCGUGGUAACAGCCCACACCAGGGUGGCAGCUCUGGGAUUCCUCAGAAUAGGCUCCGCCCUGCCAGGUAACUACGGCCUGCAGGACCAGCGGGCUGCUCUGCUCUGGGUUCAGGAGCACGUGGCUCGGCUGGGCGGAGACCCCAGGAGGGUGACCGUGGGGGCGGAGAGGGGCGGAGCUGACGUCACCAGCCUCCACCUGCUGUCCUCCCAGACUCCGCCCCUCUUCCAGCGCAUGCUGCUCAUGGGUGGCUCUGUGUUCUCCCCCUCCCUGCUGCUGGGUGAUGCUGAGGCCCAAGCCCAGGCCCAGCUCCAGGCCCUGGCCCUGGCCCGCCAGCUGGACUGCCCCACCUCUGACCCCAACCCGCUCAUGUUCUGUCUGAGGGCGGUCCCUGCUCGCGUGCUCAACGCUGCCCAGACCAAGCUCCUGGCGGUGAGUGGACCCCUGCAGGCGUGGUCUCCGGUGGUAGAUGGGCUGCAGGUGGCGGCCGGCCCCAAGGGGGCGCUGCAGAGCUCUGGACCCCACACUGUCGACCUCCUGCUGGGCUCCUCAGCUCACGACGGCCUCAUCAGCAGAGCCAGGAACAUCAAGAACUUUGAGCAGCUGCAGGGCCGAGCGGACAGCAAGACGGCCUUCUACCAGGCUCUGUCAGAGUCCCUUGGCGGGAGGGAAGCCAGCGUCCUGGUGAAGGAGGCAGCCACCUGGUUCUACUCCCUGCAGCACUCACCCACCCCCUCCGGCUACAACCUGUUCUCACAAGCUCUCAACAACGCCACCAGGGAUCUCUUCAUAGUGUGCCCCAUAGUAAAGAUGGCAGCCACCUGGGCAGCCAACAGCAGGUCCAAAGUGUUCCAGUACCACGUACCCGGGAGCUCAGCCCAGACCAGCGGCCCUGCAGACGUUCCCCUAGACGUCCAGUACGUGUUUGGAGUCCCUCACCACCCAGCUUCCUCCCACAGCUUCACCUCCUCAGAGAGACAGCUCUCCCUCCAGAUCACCAGCUACAUCGCUAACUUCAUCCACUCUGGGGACCCUAACCAGGCCCACCCAGCCUCCCUGGCCCCCCCCAGCCCAGCGCUGCCUCCCUGGCCCCGCGUCCUGCCCCUGCCUGGGGGGGCGCUCUCCAAAGAGCUGGCCGCGGGGCUCCGGGACCUCCAGGGCCUGCACAGAGAGGCCUGCUCCUUCUGGACGGACUACAUACCUGCGCUCAGCUCAGCCACAGCCAAGCUGUCUGGAGAUGGUCUGGGCUCCGCUCCUCCUCCUCCUCGUCCCACACUGACACAGCAGCAGUCCAGCCCACCGGCCCCUCAGACCAGCAGCCCGCCCAAGACCGAGAAGGACGCAUACAGUUAGACUCCUCCCCUCCUCGCCACGGUUGCCACGGACAACACCUACUAGUACCUUCAAGUCACAUUACGCUGCUGUCACUGUUCUUAUUUCUCAAUCACUCUGUAGCAAACAACCUUUAUACACUUCACAAUAAACAUGUCGUCAUUUUAAA